GGAUCAUCAGUUUAAACUCAACGUUUGUAAGCUGUACAACCGAAAAAGUAACCGUGUUUUAGCAAAUUUAAAACAAAAUGAAAACUUUCUUUGUUAUUACGAUGGCUGCUUUGGCCACAUUAGCCUGUGCUGAUGUCAGCCAUUUAGGCAGUUAUAAUUAUCCUGCUCCUGCCUCUACCGAUGUUGCCGCCUAUACACCUAAACAAUCAGCUGCUGGUCAGAGCUAUAGUCAACAGAGUCGUACUCAGUCCCAAUCACACGCACAAAUCGAAUCGAUCAAAGCUUCCGUACCAGUAGCUAGCUUCUCUAUACAACAAUCUCAGGGACAAGAACAAAGCUUUGGUUCACAAAGCUAUUCAAAUGCUCAAGCUGCUGGAUCAUACAAUUAUAAUGCUCCCGUUCAACAGCAGCAACAGCAACAACAACAUUACUCUGCACCAGUUCAACAGCAAUCGUACUCCGCAACUGCUGGAGUACAACAACAGUCGUACUCUGCUCCAGCUCCUGCACCAGUACAACAACAAUCAUAUUCAGGUCCAGCUCAAUCUGAACGCUCUUAUUUGCCUCCUGCACCACAACAACAGUAUUCAGCUCCCGCUACUGUACAGCAACAAAGCUACUCCGCUCCUGCCCCAGCCCCAGUUCAAUCUUACUCUGCACCCGCUCCAGCUCAAGUACAACAAAGCUACUCUGCUCCAGCUCCCGUACAACAAACCUACUCUGCUCCCGCUCCAGUGCAACAAAGCUAUCUUCCUCCUGUGCAGCAACAACAACAGCAAUCCUACUCUGCUCCAGCCCCAGUACCACAACAAUCAUACUCUGCUCCAGCCCCAACUCCCCAACAAACCUACUCUGCCCCCGCUCAAGUACAGCAAAGCUACUCUUCUGCCGGUCAAGUUCAAGAGCAAUCUUUUGAAGUUAAUGAGCAACAAGAAUCCUUCGGAGGUGUUGAAUCAACUGGCUCAGUAGACAAUGGUGCUUACAAUUAUCCAGCUCCUGUUCAACAAAGCUACUCAGCUCCUGCUCCCGCACCAGCACAACAAAGCUACUCAGCCCCUGCUCCUGCACCUGUUCAACAAAGCUACUCUGCUCCUGCCUCAGCUCCAGUACAGCAAUCCUACUCUGGUGCAGUACAACAAUCUUCUUCGGCUGCUGUAGAAAGUGGAUCUUAUAGAUACCAACCUGCUACUCCAGUACAAAUAUUCUCUGCUGCUGCCCCAGCUCCAGUUCAACAGCAAUACUCUGCUCUUGCCUCUGCUCCAGUGCAACAACAAUACUCUGCUCCUGCCCCUGCUCCAGUGCAACAACAAUACUCCGCUCCUGCCCCAGCUCCUGUACAACAACAAUACUCUGCUCCUGCCCCAGCUCCUGUACAACAAAGCGUUGAAAGUGGUUCUUAUAACUAUCAACCUGCUACUCCAGUACAACAGCAAUACACUGCCCCUGCCCCAGUACAACAGCAAUACUCUGCACCCGCACCAGUACAACAAACUGUCAGCACUUCCUCCGCUGCUGUAGGAACAGGUUCAUAUAACUAUCAAGCUCAAGGACAAGUACAACAACAAUCAUACUCCGCUCCUGCCCCAGCUCCAGUACAACAAUCCUACUCUGCUCCAGUACAACAAUCCGUAUCAACAUCCUCAGCUGUAGAAACCGGAUCAUACAAUUAUCAAGCUCCAGCUCAAGCUCCUCAAAAUGUGCAAUACUCUGUACCUGCACCACAAAAGAUCAGUUUCCCCACAUCGGCCCCUGCACCAGCUGCCCCAGCACCAACCCCUGAAAUUGGUACAGUCUAUGGCAAGAAUGGCGGUUAUGUCUACCGUAAAUUCUAAUUGAAGAAUUUCUAUGAAAUUCUUUUCAAUUUGAAAAAGAAAGUUGUGAUCACUCAUAGAAUUGCUGCGCCAUGACACAAUUCUUAUCAUUAUUAUUUUGUUUUAUACUAGCAUUUUUUUCGUGUUGUUAUUACUCGUUUAUAAUUUCUUCUCAUUUAGAAUAAUUUUUUAUAACGAACGCAUUUAAUUAAGUAGUUCCAUUAAUAAAAGAAUUGUUAUUAAUUUUUUUGUUUUAAAA